UUUCUCGGAAAGGAAACUUUGCCGAUAUUUGAUAAUCAGGGGAAUAAAGUAUCAUGACUUAAAUAUUCAAUUGUAUUAAAAAUAUCGAUAUAUUUAUAUAUCUUUCUCAUCCCUACUUAAGGCGGCAAAAAUGGCCGAGGUAGAUGAUUUUGUCAACAUAAGUGCAAGCAUUUGAGACUUGAAAACAUCCUUGAUGCAUCAUACUUAUGUACUUCUGCCCGGGAACUUUCUUUGCCCAAACACUGCGUGUCUCUCUCAGAGUCUGAGAUACGAAACCUGCGGUUCAGACAUCCACAAAACAGCGUUACUUCUUUGGAUGCAUGUGAUCUCAUGGAGGCUGAGGUCUCGCCAGAGGAUCUAGACGAAGACAAAAAGAGCGAGGGGAUAAUUAACAUAAAAGAUACUAUGGAGCUGACACCUUACGAAACCCAAGUUGUGACUUUGUCUCAACAGCCUGCGGAACGGGCAUCCCCCGAGUACUUCCACAGCAGACUCGUUGAGCUGGGGCGGCGCUGCUGGACCUCGUCGACGGGAGCCCAGCACUACACCAAGGGCUGCUACUGGUCCCCAGACGGCACCUGCCUUUUGGUUCCCGUCCACCUAGACGGUAUGCACGUUAUGGAGGUGCCAACGGAACUCUACUCAACUCCGACGGCGCAGAAUGCGCGCUUCUUGACUAAGCUUCAGUCAGCAGUACACGUUCCCGAGGGCGGAAUUGUUUAUGAUUGUGUCUGGUUUCCGCACAUGAGCAGCCAACAGCCGGAGACCUGCUUUUGGCUGGCCUCGCGGCAGCAUGAGCCCAUUCACAUGUGGGACGCUUUUGACGGCUCGCUACGUUGCAGCUACAGCGGAUAUGAUGAUGUGGACGAAGUCAUGGCGGCCAUUUCUUUGGCCUUCUCUAACGACGGACUGAAAAUAUACGCGGGAUACAAGCGAUGCAUAAAAAUCUUCGACACUAGCAAGCCCGGACGACUGUGCGACAAUUACCCUGUCAAGUUUGCCAUAUCCUGCAUUGCCCAGACCAGCAGGCACUCCAAAACUCUGACCUGCGGCAACUGGCACGGCUAUAUCCAACACUUUGACCUGCGAUGCAGCCAUAAGCAGGGACCUCUCUUUACGCUGGGUGGCCACAAAGGCGGCAUUACACAACUUCUUUAUAGCGGAAGAGGUUCCGAGGAGUGGCAUCUGUUCAGCGGAGCUCGCAAAUGUGACAAGCUUUUGCAAUGGGACAUGCGCAACUACAAGAAACCGCUGGUAGAGUUCCAGCGCAAUGUGGACACAAACCAGCGCAUUCACUUCGAUUUGACAUCUGACCGCCGUUGGCUGACUAGCGGGGACACUAGUGGAGCGCUAAAUGUUUGGGAUCUUCGCGAGUACAGAGAGGCCUCCAUAUUGCAGUUGCACUCUGACUGUUGCAAUGGAGUGAGCUUCAAUCCGGUUCUGCCUCUUCUGGCCACCAGCUCUGGCCAGUAUCACUUCAUAGAUCAAAGUGUUAUAAACAACGUUAUAUUAAACAACUCGGAAUCGGUUGAGGAGACUAAUUUCUAUGCAAACCAGCUGUUAAAUGUGGUGUAUGAAAAUGCAGUGGUCAUGUGGUGGAGCGGAAGUGAAUCGCUUUGAUCAUGAAGUAAAUAACAUAAAAUACGUUUUUAUUCUUAAAUCGUUUUGAAAAUACAAAUACAUCUCGAUCGUGGGUUGCGUUCACCUGCAAAUGAA